AUGCAGGGUAGUCCAAUGAAUGUAAUUGUAGGUUCUCAUGUUUGGGUUGAAGAUCCAGAGGAAGCUUGGAUUGAUGGAGAAGUUUUAAGGAUUGAUGGACAGGAAGUUGAGAUCCAAACUACUAAAGAGAAGAUGGGGCCCUGCUCGAGGCGCAGCCCCCUGCCAAGGCGUGCCUCGGGCUGGCAGGGUCGCGCCCCUGUCUGCUUGGGUCGCCCAUGGCAAUGUUCGGCUGGGCAACAAGUGCUGGUCACCCACACUGCCUGGGGCCCUGCCUUGGCAAGGCCGGGCAGGCGAUGGCAUUGCCUUGACAUGGCACGUACCAAGCCCUGGCCUCUGAGCCGGGCAACCAGCCCGCCCCCGCCCCCCCAGGGCUUUGCCUUGGCUACAUCCACGGGGUUGCCCCGGCUCAUGCCCUGCCAAAGCAGCUGGAAAAUUGAUUUAGGAGGACAUGAUCUUGUUUUUCCAUGGCUGCAGUAG